GGGUCGGGAUCGAAACCCCCACCGCCUUCUUGUAUACCAGGCGAGGUAGUUAACAUCUCCCACUGUGGCGCCCAGUCGUCACCGUGGUGAGUCCAUGCACACUAUAACUUGUGCAGUUGGAUUAACAGUCAACAGUGGUUUCUGGGUUUCCGUGAGCCGUUCGUACGCACAUGCACAAACGUCCACGGCAAAAGGUGCAGUCCCUGCAAUUGCUUGCGCGCAGCGACUGCCGUCGGGAGGGCCUAUUGCUAGAGAUCGCUCCUCUACGGGGUAUUUAGCCUACCCAUUCCAUGCUGGACCGGCGUUUUUUGGAGUUGCCCACGCGUUUUUUGCCCCGGCCUUUUCGGCCGCCUGUUGAACGUCGUUGCGUCGUCUGCAGGGUGAAUCGCAAGGACCUGAAGGCCAUGCUGCCGCAGCUGAACUUCAAGUUGCCGAACCAGCGGCAACUCCGGGACAAGUUUGCGGAAGUGGAAGCGAGGAAGGGGGAGAUUUCCUUCGCCCAGUUUGUGGCCUUUUACAAGAACCUCAUGUUCGACGCGCAGAGACUGAUCGUUGAGCAGAUAGACUUCUGCGUACCUCUUCGGAACUCGGAGCGGCCGGACGUCUGCUCCGUAACGCUGCACGACUUCCAGAGGUUCCUGCAAAUCGAGCAGAAGGAACCGUGGGCCAGCGACCUGGCGUGCGUGCGGGAGCUCAUGUUCCGCAUCCUGUGUGACGGCGCGCGGGAGAGCGAGGAGCCCUGCUUCUCCCUCGAGGAGUUCCUGACGUACCUGUUCUCCCGUGAGAACUGCGUGUGGGACAGCCAGUACAACCAGGUGUGCGCCGAGCAGAUGAACAACCCACUGUCGCACUACUGGAUCUCAUCUUCGCACAACACCUAUCUGACAGGGGACCAGUUCUCGAGCGAGUCGUCGCUGGAGGCCUACGCGCGCUGCCUCCGCAUGGGCUGCCGCUGCAUCGAACUGGACUGCUGGGACGGCCCGGAUGACAUGCCCAUCAUUUACCACGGCCACACGCUCACCUCCAAGAUCAAGUUCCUGGACGUCCUCAACACAAUCAAGGAGCAUGCCUUCGUCACGUCCGACUACCCCGUGAUCCUCUCCAUCGAGGAUCACUGCAGCAUCGUGCAGCAGAGGAACAUGGCGUCGUUCUUCCGCAAGGUCUUCGGCGACAUGCUGCUCAUCAAGCCCGUGGAGGCCCAGGCCGAGGAGCUGCCCUCGCCCACGCAGCUCAAGGGGAAGAUCCUCAUCAAGCACAAGAAGCUCGGCGAGGGGAACUCCGACGAGGUGGCCUCCAGCGGCAGCUACUCGGAGUGCGACAUCAGCAACUCCAUCAAGAACGGCAUCCUCUACCUGGAGGACCCCAUCAACCACGAGUGGAACCCUCACUUCUUCGUGCUGACGAGCAACAAGAUCUACUACUCGGAGGAGACGACGGUCAACCAGUCCAACGACGAGGAGGAGGAGGACGACACCAAGAGCCAGGAGUCCAACAACAACGAGCUGCACUUCAGCGAGAAGUGGUUCCACGGGAAGCUGGGCGGCGGGCGCGACGGGCGCCAGAUCGCCGAGCGCCUGCUGCUCGACUACUGCUUGGAGAACGGCGGCAAGGACGGCACCUUCCUGGUGCGCGACAGCGAGACCUUCGUGGGCGACUACACGCUGUCCUUCUGGCGGUCAGGCCGCGUGCAGCACUGCCGCAUCCACUCGCGGCAGGAGGCCGGCACCAUCCGCUACUUCCUGACGGACAACCUGGUGUUCGACUCGCUCUACUCGCUCAUCCAGCACUACCGCGAGGUGCCGCUCCGCUGCAACGAGUUCGAGAUGCGCCUCUCCGACCCCGUGCCGCAGCCCAACGCCCAUGAGAGCAAAGAGUGGUACCACAGCAGCCUGACGCGCGCCGAGGCCGAGCACUGGCUCAUGCGCGUUCCCAAGGACGGCGCCUUCCUCGUGCGCAAGCGCAGCGACCCCAGCUCCUACGCCAUCACCUUUCGGGCGGACGGGAAGAUCAAGCACUGCCGCGUGCAGCAGGAGGGGCGGCUCUUCCUGCUGGGGAACUCCGCGGAGUUUGAGAGCCUCGUGGAUCUCGUGUGCUACUACGAGAAGCACCCGCUCUACCGCAAGAUGCGCCUGCGCUACGCCAUCAACGAGGAGACGCUCGAGAAGCUGGGCACAUACGAGCUGGACUACGGAGCACUGUACGAGGCACGCAAUCCAGAGCUCAACUACGUGGAGGCGAACAAGAUGGCCGUGUCCAAGUGCGUAGUGAAGGCGCUGUACGACUACCGAGCGCAGCGCGACGAUGAGCUCUCCUUCUGCAAGCACGCCAUCAUCACCGGCGUGGACAAGCAGGAUGGAGGCUGGUGGCGAGGAGACUACGGCGGCAAGAAGCAGCUGUGGUUCCCCUCCAACUACGUGGAGGAGAUGACCUGCACCCUGCCGCAAGGCCUGGAGGAGGCCGCCGCCGCCGUCGAGAACAGCCCCCUGGGCAACUUCCAGAAGGGCAUGAUUGACGUGACCACGUGCGCAGUGGUCGUGCCGCGGGAUGGCAAGGGAGCCCAGCGCUACGUGUUCAGCGUGCAGUCAAUACACAUGCACCCGCCGCUGCCCAAGCCGCUGGAGAUCGCCGCGCCCUCGCUGGAGGAGCUGCACGAGUGGGUGUCGAAGGUCAAGGACGCCGCGUCGGCCGCCGACAUGAAGCUCAGCGAGGGCAAGCAGAUGGAGCGGAGGAAGAAGAUCGCCCUGGAGCUCUCCGAGCUCGUCGUUUACUGCCGUCCUGUGCCCUUCGACGAGGAGAAAAUCGGCACGGAGCGUGCGUCCUUCAAGGACAUGUCGUCCUUCCCCGAGACGAAGGCCGAGAAAUACGCCAACCGCAACAAGGGCCGCAAGUUCCUCCAGUACAACCGUCGCCAGCUCAGCCGCGUCUACCCCAAGGGCCAGCGCCUCGACUCCUCCAACUACGACCCGCUGCCCCUGUGGGCCUGCGGCAGCCAGCUGGUGGCGCUCAACUUCCAGACGCCCGACAAACCGAUGCAGCUGAACCAGGCCCUGUUCCUGCUGGGCGGCCGGAGCGGCUACGUCCUGCAGCCGGAGAUCAUGCGCGACGACUCCUUCGACCCCUUCGACAAAACGUCGCUCAAGUCCCUCGAGCCAAUCAGCAUCCAGCUGACGAUCCUGGCGGCUCGGCACCUGCCGAAGAACGGCCGGGGCAUCGCGUGUCCGUUCGUCGAGGUGGAGGUGUGCGGAGCCGACUACGACUACAGCAAGUACAAGACGGAGGUCGUGCCGGACAACGGCCUGAACCCCGUGUGGACUCCCAAGGUGGCCCCGACGGUGUUCGACGUCAACAACCCCGAGUUCUCGUUCCUGCGCUUCGUGGUGUACGAGGAGGACAUGUUCAGUGAUCCCAACUUCCUGGCGCAGGCGACGUUCCCCAUCAAGGGGCUCAAGCCGGGGUACCGCUCGGUGCCGCUGAAGAACAGCUACAGCGAGGAGCUGGAGCUCGCCUCGCUGCUCAUUCACAUCGACGUCACCAACGCGAAGGAGGAGGGCGAGGACGACCUCUACUCGUCGAUCCAGCGGCUGCGCGACCGCACCACGGAGCUGCGGGGGCAGCUGGCGGCGCUGGAGGGCGGCAGCAACGGCGGCGGCGGCGGCAGCAACGGCGGCAGCAACGGUGGCGGCGGCGGGACUAACGGACGAGCGGCGGACUCGUCCUUUGACGCGCGCUAUCGGCACUACCAGCAGCAGCUGGACGAGCUGAGAGCCACGCAGGAGCAACUGGUGCAGCUCACGGAGGAGAGGAACACUAGGUUGAGAGAGAAGAAGGAAGACCGUCGGAGGCGAGAAAUUACCAAUCAGGCUCGCAGAGGAUUCUAAACAAACAGCAAACAAAGGCUGGCGCGGACGUUGCUGCCGAACAUCCUCCAACCAACCUUCGCGAACGCAACCUGUGAGCGCAAAGAGCUGGCGGGUGCGGCCUUUGCGCGCCGGGUGCCCGCGAAGAGAAUCGGGCAAAGGAAAGAAACGGAGAGGGAGAAAGAAAACAACGGGCCGAGCGACGUCGCCGUCACCGUGGCGGCAAGCCGGGAGUUGCACGAACGCGACGAGGGCUCGGCAUUCGUUUCACCACCGACCGCCUUGACCAAACGCAUAGUCACCCCCCCCCCUCUCCCCACGCCUGCGGGGGAAGAGGGGGUGGUGGGGAGGGAGCCGUACGGGGGGUCACAUCAUCAUCAUCGGGAGCGUCUUCACCGCCGAUCGGCCUUCGGUCACCCGGCGCUCCGGCCCGCGGCGGCUGCCGUUGUGGGCGUCCGUGCCUCUUUACUCCUCCGGUGCCUUUCCCUUACAGAAAAGAAAAAUUCACACCAGGGUGCUUUCACGCUCGCCGUGGUUUGCGACGCUGCUCGGGGUUGUGGGGGCGGUGGGUGGGCAGCCAAAAAGAGCUCGGGACGGAACCGACGCACGCCCGCGUGCGUGUGACGUUCUUCCCGGGAGCUGCCGGAGCUUUUCGCAUCUUCGCUUUCCGUUAUUAUCUACGCAGCCCGAUACCAUCACGUAGCCAGGCCUAAAUUAGCAUGUUCCUCCCAGCUCUCCCAUCUCUCCCCCCCCCCCCCCCCCCCCCCCACCGCGGGGAGGAAAACGCCGCUCGGUGCAAUUUUUUUACUUCGUGAAACGUUUCAGGCAGGCGCCGCGUCGCAUCACGGGCAUCACCCCCGCGGCUGUGAGUUAGCUGACGCGGUACGGCCGUCACUGGUCCCCCACGGUUGGGCACGCUCGUUCUCGCAACUGCGCGGGAGAAGACGCGCACAGCUGGGCCGGGCGCACGCCUCCUCUGAACGUUCCCCGCCCCCCUCCGAGAUCGGGCGAUGGGCAGCGCUUGGACCGCCCUCCCGCCUCUCCGCGUAUCGGCAGCGUAGCAAAGCCGUUGUGUGCCCAACGCGCCCGCGUGCGCACGCACUGUGAGCCCUGCCGCUUCUGUCUCGUUGCCGGGAGUGGCGCGGAGAGGGGGGGCGGAGACAGUUUUAGGUUUUCAGUUUUGUAAAAAGCUUGAUUUGUUCAGCUUUUUUUUCUUUGCCUUUUCUUACCGUCUUACGAAUGUAACGCUGGUAGCUCGGUGGUGGUGCGAGCUCGUCGGUGGUGGUGCGAGCUCGUCGGUGGUGGUGGUGGCGUUGUGAGGACGAGAUCUUUCGGGACCAAAACACGGGUCUCUUGUUCGAGGAGAAACGGAGAAGGGGGGGAGCGGAGGAGAGGCGGUGAGUGGAUCGGGGGAGUGGGGGGGAAGGUGGCGUUCGGGACCCCCAGGAAGAUGAACCUUGGCGUGACCUAACGUUACCGAACGUAUUUAUUCGUGCGUUGUGCAAGCGUCUGGCGAACGCUCGGGCUUUGGUUGAGCUGAGGUCGGCUUCAAACCGAGCCCCGGAGAGAAGGAAAGAAAAAAUAAGGUAAUAAUUUUAACUUAAAUUAACCUUUGCAUGCUUACCGUGCCCAAACAGUGACGCAUUAAAAGGGGGGACGACAGCGCCGUGAUUGGGGAGUUUUAAACAUCUCUAUGUGCGGUGUAUUAUUCCUAUUAUCAUCAUGAGGCUACGGUUAUUUAUUUAUUUUAAAUAAUCGGACGACUUCAAUGCAGACACUAAAAAAACGGGGAUGAGUUCGCUACCCCUGGUAAUUUCCUUUUUUAUUUAUGUUGUUGGCGUCUGAACCGGAUCGUGGGCCGUCCGUAUGCCGAGCGCUUGACCUUCGGCGAACGCGGUGCAAACGUUUGGUGGUGGGGGGGGUGCGGGGGGGAAUGGUGCGGGGGGGGGGGCCAUGAAUAUCUCUCAGCCCAAACAGAUCCAGCCCACACACGAACCUCUUAAGGCACGGAAUUGAUCAUUAUAAACACGCGCACAAUUAUCUCUGACUCCGAGAGUAGAGAGCGAUU